AUGGAAGAAAGGACGCAGCAAGAACUCGUAAGCGAGCACAGAGAACAACUUGACGAAGUCACAGGGCAAUUAGAUGAAAAAAAYUCCRAACUAGAAGCAGCGGCCGAGCACGUCGAAUACCUAAAGCAGAUAAUGGACGAAAGGGAGGAGGAAUACAUAAAGCAAAUGCAACUGAUGACCGAUGCCCGCGAACRMGAAAGCAAGGACGACAARGACCGCAUUAGCAAGUUACUGCACGACAGGGAUACUGCUAGAAGAAACUAUGACCGCGCAGUUAGAGACAUUGGGGAUAGGAACGCCGAACUUAGGCGCGUGGGCAUAGAACUGGAAGCCUCGGUAAUGCAAGAGCGGCGGUUAAACACGGAAAUCAUCGUAAAGGAGGAGCAACUAAGACCAAGAGAGCAGGCCAUAGAGGACCUGGAAAGGCAAAUACAAACGCAACGGGAGAUAAUUGACGAUCACACUCGCACCGACGGGGAAAGGGAGGCAGCCCAGGCGCAAGUAGGGUCCCUAGAGGAAAGGGUCGCAGAAUUACAAGCACACAAAGAAGGUUUGGAAAAAGAAUUAGGUCUUACCACCGGGGAAAAAGUAAAAAGAGCCCUUUUGAAGUAUGGCAUUCCGCUGGCAAUUGCUGUCGCCAUUUCAAGCGUGGUAGGAGUAAUCCUUAGCACACUUAAUGCUGCAAGCAAGGGGACAAAGGCGAUGGUAAAGAAGUUAGGCAAUGGGCUAACGGACUUAGGUAAAAAAAUGGCAGCAAGCAUUCCUGGCUUGCUCGGUAGCGUUUUAAACCUGGUAUUAAGAACCGGCGGAGAACUGUUGAAGUUCGUGGGGAAUAACAUUUGGAUCUUAGUUGUCGCUAUUGGAGUGGUACUCCUGAAGAAGAUGAAGGUGUAA